CUUGGAUUGCUUGGCUAUGUCGAGGCGCAAACAGGCCAAGCCGCGCGCCUGCCUUAAACUUGGCGAAAAGGAGGAUGAAAACGUUGGCGAUGCCGCCAAGGCGGCCAAAGCCUCCGAUUUGCUGGAGCCCAAAGAGGAGCUGCUCAGCGCCGAUGAGGAGGAGAGCGAGGAGGAGGAUGAUGAGCUAACUGGCGAUGAGGAGGAGGUGGAGGAGGGGACGGCUGGCAAGGCAAAACUGAUGCAGGCGCGAGUGCCCAAUGAAUCACAGCAACAAAACUGGCAGCCAGCAGCUGAUGCUGCAACAGCAACAACAGCAACAACAACUGCAACAACAUCUGCAACAACUGCAACAACAGCAACUGCAGCUGAAGUACAACACCCUGGAGACACUGAGCCAGAGGCAGAGGAGACAACGUCUCUGAACGUGGCCAACGGGCACUGCAAGACAGAGCCAACAGUUGCUGCUGCCGCUGAAGAUGCCGAGGACGAGCUGGAAGAUGAUUUGCUUAGCCUGAGCGGCGAUGAGGACUACGACGAUGAUGAGGAAUUGCAAAGCCUGGACAGUUUCUAUUCGGAUAUGUACAGCACGCACACAUCGUCGAGCUAUUCGCCCAGCAUCUCCGAUGGCACUUUGACGCCCAACUCACAGCUGCAGCAGCCGCAGUCGCAGCAGCAGUCGCAGUCGCAGCAGCAGUCGCAGCAGGCCGGCUCGGAGGAGACGGGCGAGGAGUCGGCCAAGGCGAAUGGCGAUACGGCACAGCAAACGGAGCUGGAGCAGGAGCUGAACAAACCGAAGCGACCGUCACAUUUGCAUCAUCAUCAUCAUCAUCAUUAUCAUCAUCAGCAGGCGCUGAAAAUAGCGAACAAGCUGCGAAAAAUCAAUAAGGAUGCCAAGCUGGCUGCAGGACAAGGACAAGGACAUGGCACAGCCGCCAAGUUUGAUAAGUUGACAGGGGAGGGGAUUAAAAGUCGAGGCGACGGCUCCUAUCAGUGUCAGUUCUGUGAUAAAUCAUUUCCACGGCUCGGCUACCUGAAGCAUCACGUACAGAGUCAUGCCGAGCAUUUGCCUUUCAAGUGCGAGUACUGCGCAAAGCUGUUCAAGCACAAACGCUCCCGAGAUCGCCAUAAGAAGCUGCAUACAAAUGAGAGGAACUACAAGUGUCCGCAUUGCGAGGCUGCUUUCUCCAGAAGUGAUCAUCUGAAGAUCCACAUGAAGACGCACGACAUACAGAAGCCCUUCCAGUGCAGCAUGUGCAAUCGUGGCUACAACACGGCCGCCGCCCUCACCUCGCACAUGCAGAAGCACAAGAAGAACGCCGCAAUCCUCGCAGCUGGCGGCAAUCCCAAUGCGCUCAAUUACAGUCCACGCUCCACGGGCUCCGCCUCGAUCUCGAGCAAUGGGAGCCUGCAUAAGCGACGCUACGCCUUGGCGCUGGCCUCCGACAGCAGUCCCAGUCGGCUGGAGUUUCCCAAGCGGGCGCGUGGCCAGCUGACGGCCACGCCCACGGCGACAACGAUAGCCACGCCGACGCCCACGCCGCUGCUGCGCUGCAGCUACUGCCCCAAGGCGACGGAGUUCAGCAGCCUCGAGCAGCUCAACGCGCAUCUGCAGAGCACACACGAGCAGCAGCCGCAGCCCCAGCAGCAGCAGCAGCAGCAGCAGUCGAAGGAGUCGGAUGGCCAGACGAAUGGCUUCCAGUUGAGCUGCGAAUACUGCACGAUGAAGUUUGUGAAUAUCGCUGCGCUGUUCCAGCACAUGAGAGUCACGCACUUGGAUCGCCUGAGCAGUCCCAAUUCCUACUACGAGCACUUCCAUCGGCUCGGCUCGCCGCAGUCGAAGCUGAAGUCGGAUCUGGCGCCAGCGGAGAAGCCCGAGCAGGAGCUGCCCACCGAUCUGAGCAGCAACAAGCGCCGCCCGCUGACCUCGCCCACGCAGCAACAGCAACAGCAGCAGCAGCAGCAGCAGUCGGCGCCAGCUCCUCCGCCGCCUCCUGGCAUCUUCUUCUGCAAUCAGUGCAACGCCGGCCUGCCGGACUUUGAGAGCUUCCGCAAUCAUCUGAAGAGCCACAUAGCCGAGGGCAUGCAGCUGAUCUGUCCGCACUGCGGGCUCAGUCUGCCCGAGCAGGGCGAGUACGAGCGCCAUGUGGUCGCCCACUUUCUGAUCAGCAGCUCCGAGUUCAAUUGCUGCAGCGCCAGCUGUGGGAAGUCCUAUGCCAAGGCGGAGGAGCUGCAUCAGCAUCUGCUGGCCGAGCACGUCCAGACGAUGCUCAAGUGUGUGCUCUGCUCGGAGCUCUGCGAGAAUCGCAUGUCCAUGCAGCUGCACCUGGCCUGCGCCCACAGCCAGGAGUCGAAGCUGCUGCGCUGCAGCGCCUGCCUGGAGCUCUUCCGCAACGAUGGCGACUUCCACGUGCAUGUGAAGACACGCCAUCAGCUGGGCAACCAGGCCAGCCUGCCCGGUAAUCCACCUGCGCCGGCCAAUCCGCUGCAGUGCAUGUUCUGCCGCGCCGUCUGCUCCUCGGAGCUGGAGAUGCAUUUCCAUUUGGCGGCGCAUGCGCGACAAUUCCGCUGCCCCAGCUGCCCGGAGACCUUCCAUGUGGAGUUCCUGCUGGACAGGCACAUGCAGAGCCAGCACGGCGGCAUCAAGGACAAGGAGUCGCCCGUGCCGGGCGGCAUGGGCAGCUUGUAUGUGAAUGCGCUGCUGCCGCCACUGGCAGCGGCUGCUGCUGCCGCUGCCGCAGCCAAUAAUGCCGCCAACAACAACAACAACAACAAUAAUAAUAUUGAUUACAAUGUCGCCUUCAAGGGUCUCUUUGGGGGCAGCAAUCCGCCGGGCAAGUUCUACAACAGCCCGCUCCAGGUGGACACCAAGCAGAGUCCGCAUCCUGCUCUCAUGUACGGCCUGAGCCAGCGCUACUUGAUGGAGAUGUACGCCGCCAAGGCCAAUUCCCCAGCCGCGGAGCUGCCCACGCCGCAGGCCGUGCAAUCCGCGACAGCAGCAGCAGCAGCAGCAGCAGCAGCAGCAGCAGCGAGCGGCAGCAACAGCAGCGGCAGCAACAACAACAACAGCUACAGCUGCGGCAUGUGCGAGCGCCAGGAUCUGCGCAGCGAGGCCGAGCUCCAUUCGCAUCGCAAGCUCGCCCACAAUCUGAAGACGGGCGUCAGCCUGCGCUGCGCUUACUGCUCCGGCAACUACAAGAGCCGAGCCGAGCUGGAGCAGCACAUGAAGAGCUGCCACAACUCGAGCGGCAAGCACAAGUGUCUCAUCUGCGACGAGAUCUUCCCCUCGCCCGCCAUUCUCGCCGAGCACAAGCUGCAGCACUCCAAGGUGGGCCAGUCCGGCAAGUGCGCCCACUGCGGCCAGCAGCUGGAGCACGUGGCCGCCUUCCGUGCCCAUCUGAGCGAGCAUGGCAACGACGGCAAUCUGCCCAUGGCCUGCAUCUGCUGCCGCCAGACGCUGCACUCCGAAUUCGAGCUGAGUCUGCACGCCAAGUUCCACACCAAGUCGCCCAGUUGCAACAGCCUGCAGGAGCCCGUCUGUGCCCUGUGCCUGGAGCCGCUGCCGGGGGCGGGCGAGACGGCCAAGUUGUGCGACAAGUGCUGCCGCAAGCACAAUCUGAAUGGCAAGCGCAAGGAGCAGGUGCAGCCUACGGCCAUCGCUGGCCCAGCCGCCGCCGCCGCCGCAUCAACUGGCGCCUAUCUGGAGCAUCGCUGUAAUCUGUGCAAGAUGAUCUUGCCCCAUGCCCAGAAGCUGCAGGAGCAUCUCGUCGAGCACACCUUCGCGGGCACCGAGCAGCGUGGCUACAAUUGCUACAUCUGCUCGGCCGUGUUCACGGCGCCCGCUGGCCUGCUCGCCCACAUAGCGGAGCACGGCACACGACCGUACGACUGCAACCUGUGCCCGGAGAAAUUCUACUUCCGUGCCGAGCUGGAGCAUCAUCAGCGAGCGCACGAGCUGCACGCUCAGCCGGCAGCAAUGGCAGCAGCAGCAGCCGCAGCAGCAGCAGCAGCAGCAGGAGCAACACGUCCACCUAAGCAGGAGACGCACAGCUCGACGGCCAGUUCCCCACUAACGCUCAGUCCCAGCCAUGUCAAGCAGGAGCUAUACGAAUCGGAUCCGGCGAAUUCGCCCAACGACGCGGAGCUGCCUCCGGCGCAGCAGCAGGAGGAGGAGGAGUACAUUGAGGUGGAGCAAAUGCCGCAGGAGACGCUGCGAGCUGGCGAACUACUCAGCACCGAGCGUUCCAGCAGCAGCGCCUAAGUAUUAUUAAUCUUAACUAAAUACAAAUACUAAAAUUAAAUACUAAAUAAAAAUACUAAAUUAAAUACUAAACAGUAUAAACGAAUCUAUCUAAUGGCAUUUUAAAACUCUAGCGUCCCUGAGGUUAAGGAUAUACAUAUAUAUAUGUUGUAGUUAUAUCUAGCUA